GGAAAUAAUUUGUGAUGAAGUCAAUAGAUUUUGUGAGGUGAAUGCUAUUUCUUUGAUUGAUAUGGAAGACACGAUAACACGACCUGGUUAUAGAAGACAGAGCAUCACCAAUGAUCAUUAUUACCGUGUGGAGAUUUUUACAGAGGUUGUUGAUUUAAUCAUACAAGAGAUGAAUAAUCGUUUUUCUGAAGCUAGCACCGAUCUACUAAGAUGCAUGGCAUGUCUUGAUCCAAGAGAUUCUUUCUCCCAAUUCGAUAUUAAUCAACUCAUGCAUUUUACUACUUGGUAUCCUGAAGACUUCUCCGCAGGUGAUUGUUUAUGUCUUCCACAACAACUCCGUAAUUUCAUAGUACUUGUGCGGCAUCAUCCUCGCUUUUCUACGAUCACUGAUUUGGGAAGUUUUGCUCAAGAAAUGGUUAAAAGUGGCAAUCAUUUAAUUUUUCAAUGUGUUUAUCGUAUGAUUGAGUUGACAUUGGUUUUACCUGUAGCUACUGCUUCUGUUGAGAGAGCAUUUUCUGCAAUGAAGCUCGUCAAAAGUGAUUUGCGAAAUCGUAUGCAAGACGAGUGGAUGAAUGACAGUUUGAUCGUGUACAUUGAAAAGGAUAUUUUCUCAACAAUUGAUAAUGAGAAGAUAUUGCAACAUUUUCAGUCGAUGCGUACACGUCGCAAUCAAUUGUCAUCACUUUCUCAAACAGAAACAACUAGUUCACCAAGUAUUUAUUCUUAGGUUAUUUGUAAUGUAUUGAACUUUUAUAGCUAUGUUAUUUCAAAUGUAUUAGAACUAUAUUAUCUAUGAAAAUAUUGUUUUUUAUUAA